AUGCUUUCCGAUCUCUUUUUUAUUGUUAAUUAUUGGGCAACAAUUGUAUCUUCAAUUAUUGGUAUAUUUUUAUGUUUACUAAUAAUUAUCAUCAUUGUUACACAUCGACAAUGUCAUACUAUAACUAAUGUGCUGACAUGUAAUACAUGUGUUGCAAUUACUCUAUAUUUUAUCUUUCGAAUAGUUACAUCUAUUUAUGGUCUACGUCAAGACUGGCAGGAUUAUAAUCAACCAGCUUGUAUUUUCCGUGCGUAUUGCUCACUUACAUUAUGUACUGCUCUUUGUUACUCAUAUUCUAUUCAAGCUAUUAGUCGUUUGUUUUUUGCUGUUUUAUACAAAUAUAAAUAUCUCCUAACUUGGCGCACUCAUUGUAUCUUGAUUGCUAUCAAUUGGUUAGUCAGUGUUAUUAUACCAAUCAAGCCAUUUUUCCAUCAUGAUGGUUUUGGAUACGAAGAAGAAUCUCGUAGUUGUGUUGUUACACCUAAAAUCGUAUCAAUAUCGGCGUAUGUUGUUGUCUUAAUAUUUGUUAUACCAUUAAAUAUUGUAACAAUCGUUUAUGGUGUAAUUCUUUAUCGUGUUCGUCAAUCAACUCGCCGAAUAGCAGUAGUCAAACUUAAUACGAUCACAAGUACAGUUCACAAUCGAACUCUUGUGCCGAAUGGAAAACGUGAAUUAAAAAUCAUGCAAAAUAUGUCAGCUCAAUCAACUAUUAUUUCAUGUGGAGGAAUUCUCUAUUUAAUUCUUGUGAUUUGGCUUGCUACACAACAACAUCCUCCACCAGAAUUAUUUUAUUUACUAGCUUUAAAUUUAAUAUCAAUUUUUACUGCAAUCAUGAUGAUUGCUCUCUUUCUCAUGAAUAAGCCAGUUAAAAAAAUUGUUUCAGAUUAUAUUUUCCAACUUUGUAAAGUAAAAAUUGGCACAGCAACGAAUCGCACACAAACAGCAUGA